GUCCACAGACGUUCAUUGCGAAUCAAGCUCCAGUGUAUGCGGGUGCCAAAAUAGCCAUUGUGAUUUGCUCUAGUGUUUCCCUUGGUUGUUUGAUAGCCAUUUACUUUUCGUAUUUUUGGGACAACAAGAGACGUGAUGCAUUACUCCCGGUCGACAUGAGCCAUAUCGAGCAGUAUGAAUUUGCCGAUCUCACAGAUAAGGAGAAUCCAAACUUCAGAUAUGCUCUUUGA